AUGCCUCUGCAGAAAAGAGGCAAUGGCUGGCGAGCUCGUCGCAAGAAGGGCAGCAAGACGUUCCAUGAACCCACCCGCGCAACCGAGGCGGCUGCAAUCGAAGAUGCGCAUGAAUUGGAUGCGGCGGCAGCCGUUUCUAUGGAACGUUUGCAAGUGAAGUACAUGAUCGGCUUACUGGCGUGUUGCCUGGUGCUCCUGCUGCACGUCACUCUGGCACAUUUGCACCGAGCCCCACGCAUGCCUGUACAGAAAAUGUGCAAUGGCUGGCGUUGCGCAGCUGCAAACGAAGAUGCGCAGCAACUGGAAGAGGCGGCAGCGGUUUCCAUUGAGCGCUUGCAAGAAGUUCAUGACCGGCUGACUUGCUUGUUUCUUGCUUCUGUGGCAAAGCAUGGUUCGGGUUGGCGGGUGCGCGUGACCGUCGGCAAGGAGAAAGUGCGCGGUCCGACCAGGCAAUUAAAAGGUGAAGCAGAGAAAGAUUGUCUCCGUCUCACAGGACUUCAUCACAUGUCGACAGCAGAGUUGCAAAAUGCGCUUUUGCACCAGCGGGUUGCAGAGGUUGGCGCCGCUCGUGAGCGAGACGCGCGCUUCAAGGAAGUGGUGCUUGCAGAAAUGCGCAACCGCCUAGCACUGCAGCAGCCUGGGAAGCGCGCUCGACGUGCGAGAAAUGUGGACCCUGAAAGGGACUAUUCUUUUGCACUUGAUUCGAUGGUUGGAAGCAUGGUGAAUGAUGUCUUGGUGCAGCUGGGCAACCAGAAGUGGGAUUACGUUGCUCCUUUUCGGUUGCUUGCGCAGCUGUAUGCGACGUAUGACUACAAGUUGACGGCAGAAGCUGGUGCCGACGCGGGAGAAGCGUGCGAGCUGUUGCUGGAACGCUGCGCUCAUGGACCAGUUGUCAUGCACCACUUGGACACGCCGAACAUUGUGUUUGGUCGGCGCAUGGUCACGGUGACCGAGCUGACGCGCACAUACUUCAACGAGCACCGUCCGAAAACUGAUGUGUUAGUUUUCAAUUUGAACCCUGUGGCGUGUGGCAGAGUGAACUGGUCUGAUUUGCUGAUGGCCCGGCAAUGGUGUGCAAUGCCAUUGUGCAGCGGGGCGCAACCCGCGUCCGGUGCUCUUUCUGGCAUGAGCAGGAAAGGCGAGCUGGCACACAAAGACAAUUGCCGCAUGCUGACGGAGAUUCCUGUGAAGGAUUGGAUCGGUUGCAGGGCCACGCCAUCGUCGCUGAGCAGUUUGGUGGGAGCUAUAGUACCAGGACAGCUGCGGAAGUUGGAGACGGUCUUUGAGGUGGUGGGCCUGCAGGUGCUUGGCAUCUCCUCCGUGAAGAGCGAUACCGAUCAGUUGGCUCAUCGAUUCUUGUGUCAAAUGCAAGAAAGCAGCUCCGUGCGAGGUGCACCCUACCGAAGGCACAGAGAGGCGCUUCGCUUUGCGGUUGACUUUGGCCGAUUCCAACUGCCAGUGCGCUGUCAUCCUCUACCACGAGCUGGUCCUGCGAGAGAAUCAUUGGAGUUGGAAUGUCGACACCUGACGCCUUGUCUGCGUGCCAACCGAGCUGAAGCUGUUGUCGCACCUGAAGCCCUGAACAGGAAAGUGUCCCAUUGCCAGAUGAACAACGGUUGCCCAGUGGCGCCAUUGGAUACGUUGCAGGGGGAUGCCCAGCUUGGAUUGAUUUCGGUGGAUGACGUGGAAGCUCUGCAGCAGGACAACACGUCCACGUCGGCCAUGCGCGUCAAGCACUCCGUGGAUUUCUUAUUGUCUGCCCCGGCUGCCACAAGUGUGCCGAGCCAGGUGAAGCUGCGUUGCAGCCCUGCAUCGGCGGUGGCAUGGAUGCUGCGAGGCAACGUGGGCGAGGCGCAUUUCGUGGUGCUUGCUCACACCUCAGAUGAUGGCGAAUGGAGCGUGCUGUGGCACGUGCCCGUGGAAGCGCAUCGUGUGGAGGGAGUCAAGAACUUCAUGCUGCGGAUCUAUCAAUCUGAGGUCAAAAGCCCACAAACACUGACCUACGACCAGGCAUGGACUCCCAUGAAGCGGCUUGCAAGCAUCAUGGAGACAGCGCCGGAGGAGACGUCGAUGACUGAGGAUGCCGCGUAA